CCACAUCGCCCCCGGUUUAUUAUCGUCUCGUCGCGUCGCUGCCGUUCGUCGUCGUCGUCGUAGUCAUCGUCGUCAUAGCCAUCGACUUAAAGCAUCUCGAUCGGUUUCUCGAGAUCGUCGUCGUUGUCGUCUUAGUUUUAACAAUCGACAGACAAAGCAACGCACAAGCUGUUUAGCUCUGGACUGUUCAUGGUAUUCGAACUCUUAAAACGUCAUCAUUCAACAUUUACUUCACACCGCAGUAUAUUUUCUUAGAGGAUAGCAGCACCUAGCAGCUAGCACCGAGCUCUCGAGCACCGAGGCCGACAUCAGCAAAAGAAACAAGCAACAUCAAGAUCGAGAUCGAGACCAAGUGGAAGUGAGCUUGUUGGAAACGACAUAAGCUGGCACAACAUUAGUUUUGAGUUGGCUACCAACGCGAGCGGGUCUUCUCUAGGCAAACGAGACACGUACAUAAAAAUAUAUUAUAUAUUUUGUGUUCCCCUUUUCUUUCGCUAUACCUACAUAUUUUAAUCUCUAUUUUUAAGGAUAAUACGAACGAACUGUUAACCACCACCCAGUUUAUUAAACAAAAAAGAAAAAGAAUAAUAAUAAAACGUUUCAUAAAUUAAAGCUUCAUGACAAAAAAGGAAUAAACUCGAAUUAUUAAUUUUUUUAUAAUCGCCCCCCUCCACAACAAAACACAAAUAUCGAACAUUUCGUAAUAUUCUUUUAUUUCCUGUUACGGAUUAAUAGUAUUAAAUAACCGAAUCUCAAAAUGAUGAUGGAGAAUGGGCUCUCCAUGGAAUAUGGAGAUGGAUACAUGGAGCAGGAGGAAGAAUGGGAACGUGAAGGACUUUUAGAUCCUGCGUGGGAGAAGCAACAGAAAAAGACAUUCACUGCAUGGUGUAACAGUCAUCUGCGAAAAGCUGGUACAGGCAUUGAUAAUAUUGACGAAGACUUCCGUAAUGGUCUGAAGUUGAUGCUUCUGUUGGAAGUUAUUUCCGGUGAAACCUUGCCCAAGCCAGAUCGUGGCAAAAUGCGAUUCCACAAAAUUGCUAAUGUUAACAAAGCCCUCGAUUUCAUCGCUUCCAAAGGUGUCCGAUUGGUAUCAAUCGGUGCUGAAGAAAUUGUUGAUGGAAAUCUUAAAAUGACAUUAGGUAUGAUUUGGACAAUCAUCUUACGAUUUGCCAUUCAAGACAUAUCUGUGGAAGAAAUGACUGCCAAGGAAGGCUUGUUGCUAUGGUGUCAACGAAAGACCGCACCAUACAAAAAUGUCAACGUACAGAACUUCCAUUUGUCAUUCAAGGACGGUCUAGCUUUCUGUGCUCUGAUUCAUCGUCAUAGGCCAGAUUUGAUCGAUUACGCCAAACUUUCCAAAGACAAUCCACUAGAGAACUUGAACACCGCAUUCGAUGUAGCUGAAAAGUAUUUGGAUAUUCCACGCAUGUUAGAUCCCGAUGAUUUAAUCAACACUCCAAAACCGGAUGAGCGUGCCAUUAUGACAUACGUAUCCUGCUAUUAUCACGCCUUCCAGGGAGCUCAACAGGUUGGAAAUAUGAAGCAUGUACCCGAACCUACACGAGCAUACACCUACAAUAUCCCGAAUAAUUACAAUGCUGAAACUGCUGCUAAUCGUAUUUGCAAAGUACUCAAGGUUAACCAAGAAAAUGAACGUCUUAUGGAAGAGUAUGAACGUCUCGCAAGCGAUCUUUUGGAAUGGAUUCGCCGUACAAUGCCAUGGCUAAACUCUCGUCAAGCUGAUAAUUCUUUGGCUGGCGUUCAGAAAAAACUCGAAGAAUACCGUACCUACCGUCGCAAACAUAAGCCACCGCGUGUUGAACAAAAAGCUAAACUCGAAACCAAUUUCAAUACGUUGCAAACAAAAUUGCGCUUAUCGAAUCGUCCUGCCUACUUGCCAACAGAGGGUAAAACUGUCGCUGAUAUUUCCAAUUCAUGGAAGGGCUUGGAAUUGGCUGAGAAAGCGUUCGAAGAUUGGCUUCUAGCUGAAACUAUGCGUUUAGAACGAUUGGAACACUUGGCCCAGAAGUUCAAGCACAAGGCUGACACGCACGAAGACUGGACUCGUGGCAAAGAAGAAAUGCUUCAAUCACAAGACUUCCGUCAAUGUAAGCUGAACGACUUGAAAGCAUUGAAGAAGAAGCACGAAGCUUUCGAAUCCGAUUUAGCAGCUCAUCAAGAUCGUGUAGAACAGAUUGCAGCUAUUGCACAAGAAUUGAAUACUCUCGAAUACCACGACUGCAUCUCCGUGAAUUCGCGCUGCCAACGCAUCUGCGAUCAAUGGGAUCGUUUAGGUGCUCUUACUCAACGUCGUCGCCAGGCCUUAGAUGAAGCCGAACGCAUUCUCGAAAAAAUCGAUAUCCUUCACUUGGAGUUUGCCAAACGCGCUGCACCAUUUAACAACUGGUUAGACGGAACCCGUGAAGAUCUCGUGGACAUGUUUAUCGUACACACAAUGGAAGAAAUUCAAGGAUUGAUACAAGCUCACGAUCAAUUUAAGGCUACUCUCGGUGAAGCUGAUAAGGAAUACAAUCUUAUUGUAAACCUCGUACGUGAAGUCGAAUCAAUUGUUAAACAACACCAAAUCCCUGGUGGUUUGGAAAAUCCAUACACUACUCUUACCGCUAACGACUUGAAUCGUAAGUGGGGCGAUGUUCGUCAAUUGGUGCCUCAGCGUGACCAAACUCUGGCCAACGAGUUGCGUAAGCAACAAAACAAUGAAAUGUUGCGUCGUCAAUUCGCUGAAAAAGCCAACACCGUCGGACCUUGGAUCGAACGUCAAAUGGAUGCUGUUACAGCCAUUGGUAUGGGUCUGCAAGGAUCGCUGGAAGAUCAAUUGCACCGACUCAAGGAAUACGAACAAGCUGUGUAUGCCUAUAAGUCUAACAUUGAAGAAUUGGAGAAAAUUCACCAAGCCGUUCAAGAGUCGAUGAUCUUUGAAAACCGUUACACCAACUACACAAUGGAAACGUUACGCGUUGGUUGGGAACAAUUGUUGACAUCAAUCAAUAGAAAUAUCAACGAAGUAGAGAACCAAAUUUUGACACGUGACUCAAAGGGUAUUACACAAGAGCAGCUCAAUGAAUUCCGUUCAAGCUUCAAUCACUUUGAUAAGAAUCGCACAGGUCGCUUGACUCCUGAAGAAUUCAAAUCUUGCCUUGUUUCAUUAGGCUAUUCUAUCGGUAAGGAUCGUCAAGGUGAACUCGACUUCCAAAGAAUCUUAGCUAUUGUGGAUCCAAACUCGACGGGUUAUGUUCACUUUGAUGCGUUCCUAGAUUUCAUGACAAGGGAGAGCACAGACACCGAUACUGCAGAACAAGUCAUCGAUUCAUUCAGAAUUCUUGCAUCAGACAAGCCAUACAUAUUACCCGAUGAACUCCGCCGAGAAUUGCCACCAGAUCAAGCUGAAUACUGUAUUCAAAGAAUGCCACCAUACAAAGGACCCAACGGCGUACCCGGAGCUCUCGACUACAUGUCCUUCAGUACAGCCCUCUAUGGCGAAACGGACUUGUAAUUUGAAACUCAACUAUUAAAACAGAAAUUAUUACACUUAAAACUAAAUUAUUAUAAAACAAAAGUAAAACCCAAACAAGAAACAAAUAAAUAAUAUAACUGUACCUACGAAACAAAAAAAGGAAGAAAAUAAAACAUAUGUGUUGUCAAUAUUUCUACUUACACCACAGAAAAAAUGCACAAGGGAAGACCGAGACCACCGAAGUUCUUAAUUGGUCGGAGAUACUAUUUCGAUUUCUUACAAUAAUUAUUUUUCAUAAAAAGCUUUUCCAUUAAACGCUGAUUGGCAGUUUUCGGCUCAUCGUGCAAAUACUUACAACAAUUUGCAUGAAUCAGCUUGAAAAAAUUCAUAUACAAGGCUUUAAAUGCCGACAAAAAUCUCACAAGAAUUUAUCUUAUUUUGUUAUUUAUAACUUUAUAUAUAUAUAUACUAUACAUACAAUACAUAACUUAUUUUUAUUAUUUUGAGAUUUAAUAACUAAUAUAUAUAAUAGAUAUAUAUAUAUAUACAUAUAUUUUUAAUUUUAAUUAUUUUGUUAUAAAAAAUUAUUUUAUUUAACAUAAGAAAAAAAAAGCCAGCCACUAUUUAAAAAAAAAAAAAAUUAUGUGAGAGCGUUAAUAUAUCAAGCUUGUAAAAAUUUAAACAAGCAAUUAAAAAGUUUAAGAUAAACGUUUGUUAAACUAAAAUUUCGUAUAAUUUCCGAUGAGCAUUAACAGAAAAUACAACGAUAACAACUUGUAUUUUAGAAGAAACUAAUUUUUAUUCUAAAACAAAAAUAAAAACAACUGGUCGGAUAGGCAUGGAUUUGAGAGAGAUGUCCUUGCCUAGCCGCUUUUUGUUUUUGUUUAAUAUAUGUAAUAAAUUGUUUUCAUUCACGAACGAAUAUCAUGAGAACAAAAUUUAAUUUAAAUUAUGAAACAACAAUGAAACACCAAACUUUAAACGAAUAAUAUACAAAAUAAAUAAAUAAAAACACCUACAAACAACGGAGCUCUUAUUAAAUUCAAUUCACUCUUACUUGAUAAUUUAAUUUUUCUAGAAACAAGACGCCAAUUUAUUUUUUUGUUUAAUGUAUUUUAAAUUUAAAAAAUAAAAUGUACUGGAAAAUUAAGAACAAAUAAAAAUAAAAUGAGAAGAAAGAAAAAAAAAACAAUGCUUGUGACAAUAAAAAUAUAUGCCCCUUUAUUUGUUGAUUUACAA